CCUCCGACGCUUUCUCUGCCUCCAGAGAAGAGGGGUCAUCGACUCGCCGAGGUCGAUUCUUGAGCCGAAACUGUGUCACAUCUGCAAUGCAGCCGCAACGGAAUCCAACGACAUCAAGACCUCGAAUUUUGGACGGAGAAUAUACCAUCUCGGAGCGUACCCCCGUAAUUCUUUAGUCCGAGCUGUUUGCAUGAUGGAAUCCCCCGAGAAGCCAAUUCUAUUCCAUUACCCGGGGUCAAUCUAUUCCUACAGGGUGUUAUGGUAUUUGUGGCUCAGAGGGAUCCCGUACAAUGAAUGCAUCCAAUCACACAUUAUGCCUCGCCCGGACCUGGCUUCCAUCGGCAUCAACUAUCGGCGCAUCCCCAUCAUGGCCAUUGGGAAAGAUAUAUACAUAGACUCACGACUUAUCAUCUCAACGCUCGAAAGCUCAUAUCCAGACAGCUCUCUCGCUCCAAAGACACCAGCUGAGGAGGGUAUUCGGCGCUUACUCGAAAGUUGGACGAUCGACGGCGGUAUCUUCUCGCGAGCAGUGCAAUUGAUGCCGUAUUGGAACGCUGCGAGCGCAUUGCAAGAUGAGAAAUUUCUGGAUGAUCGCGAGAAGCUAUCAGGACGCCGGCUUGAGGUUAAACAGAUGGAACAUAAUCGUCCAGAUGCGCUGCAGCAUAUGCGCCAGGCGUUUGAUUUGCUGGAAACUUCGUUUCUCGCUGAUGGGAGAACAUGGAUUUUGGGGGGCACUGAGCCUUCUCUGGCCGAUUUGGAUGCGGUUUGGCCUUUUUCGUGGCUGAUCGUGGAGCCAGGAAUGCGUGGGGCGCUACCUGAGGAUCUCAUAAGCGAAGGGAAGUAUCCAAGGACUUUUGCGUGGAUUUCGAGAUUUAUGAACGAAGCUAUGAUGAAGAGGAAGAGUCUGGAGCGACCGGAGACACUCAACGGAGAAGCCAUGCGCGAUAGAAUCCUAAGUGCUACCACCACGUGCGAGACCGGAUUCAUCAAAAACGACCCGCUGGACCUGCAGCCAGAGGAUGAAGUCGAAGUUUUUGCAUCAGACUACGGGCAUGGCCAUAAAGAUCGAGGAGCCGUCGUCGGACUCACAUCUAGGGAGGUUGUGAUUCGCAAUACCAAAGGCCUUCAUCUUCACUUCCCCAGAUGGAAUUUCCGCAUCAAUAAAGUCAGCCAGUCAGCACCAUCCGUUAGCCUGAAGUCGCCCAAAACCCCUAAGAUGCGCCUCAUCUAUCACCCUGCCUCUCCAUUUACCCGCAAAGUAUACAUGUUGGCGCACGAAUUGGGUCUUACUCAGCAUAUCGAGCUGCAGAAAGUUGUCGUGUGCCCAGUUGACAUACCAGGCUGGAGCGAUAACAACAAAGACGUCGCAGCGUACAAUCCAAUGGCGAAGAUCCCUUGUCUCGUAUCCGAAGAAGUCCCCGAUGGCAUCUUCGAUUCCCGCAUGAUCUGCGAGUAUUUGAGUAACAUUGCGCGCAUUAAAGAGACUAAAGACAAGUCAUAUUGGCAGCGCCGCAGUCUUCACGCAUGUGCAGAUGGCAUCAUGGAUGCUGCUGUUCUAAUAACAUACGAGCUUCGUAUCCGGAAGCCGCGGGGGUUGAAGUUUGACGAGUGGAUUGAAGGCCAAAAGACUAAGAUUGUACGUGUGUUGGAUCGGUUCGAGAUCGCAGCCCAGGAGGGAGUUUUGAAGAAGCUGACCGACCAAAAACGGGCAACGGCUGAUGAGGUUGCGGUCGUCACUGCGAUUGCAGUGACAGAAAGCAUUUUGACGAAAUCACAAGGUGCGGAAGGUGAUCCUCCACCAGCGACAGCCGCGAUGUAUAGUAUGACCCGUACGAAGUUGAACUGGAGAGAUGGAAGACCAGGUCUGGUCGAAUGGAUGGGAAGUUGGCAAGGGAGGAAGAGUUUUGUUGCGACACCGCCAGAUAAGGACUGGACUGUCGCGGAGACGCGAAAUGCUUCUAAAAUCUAG